AUGUGGCCCACUGUCACUAAGCAAAGUGAUGCGAGCUUGUCUCGCAGCCGCUCGUUAGAGAAGUUACGGAAUACACGAUUAAUGGAUAUGGCAUUGAAUAACGGAGUCUUAAAACGAGCAUCAUUCGCCCCUUUUCUUCCCCAACGCCCAACUUCACGGCCGUUACCUCAUUUCACCCACUCUCAAUAUCCAAUGUCCGACAUACCAGCAUGGGCAAGCGUUGGUGUCAUAGAGGAAGAAUCUGCCAUUGGCAUCCCCGACGCACCGAACGCUCCUGCUCCUGCGUCUCCUGGACCCUCCACUGCCUGCGCGAAUCUUCCCGUCGUUCGUCGAGACAAAGAGUACUACUUCCAGAAUGUGGUGUUCCAGGUCGGCAGCGUUCUCUUCAACGUCCCGAAACAAGGCUUCCAAGUUCCUGGAACUAUAUUCGAAGCCAUGUUCUCUCUCCCCACAGGAAUGGAUCUGUCUGAAGUCGAAGGAUCGAGUGACGAACGUCCAAUCGUGCUCGGAAACAUACCUACGAACCAUUUCAGGAGCUUCCUCAAGGCUCUAUACCCAUUUAACGAGAUAAAACUCUCGUACGAUGAUUGGGUCGGGGUGUUGGCGUUGUCUACCAUGUGGUACUUUCAGGAGACUCGGCAAAGGGCUAUAUCUGCCUUAACCCCUCUUGUAGCAGAGAAACCUCUCCCAGAGGCCAUAACACUUGCAAAAAAGUAUCGGGUACAGAGCUGGUUACGGGACUCGUACACGCGGUUUAUCAAUCGCCCGGAUGUGCUUACCAUUCAAGAUUUUGCUCCGCUGGACUGGGAGACGACUGCGAAGCUCUUUUGUGCCAGAGACACGGCCGCUCGAACAGGGCUUACUCAAAAUUUCUACUGCAAUACCUGCAACGUCUGGACUGGUCCUUCAUACUCCGGCAACAAUGAGAGAUGCCAUUGUCGACGGAAAGAGCUGGUCGAGAAGCUCUUUGGGGACGAGUUUUCAGCGAUGAUUAUUUCAGAUGACUCGAUUGACUCGUCCAAGACAUCUAGCAAGAAGGGAAAGAAGAAGAAAAACUGA